AAACCGUUCAUCAUCAUCAUCUUCAUCGUUCAUGUAGCCAUAUCUGGUUUGCAGAGAAAGCCCAACAGAUCUGCGAAAAUGGCUCAGGCCAAUGUGUUUGAGGCGAACAGCUCUCAGAUUCAGGUGGAACACGAUAAAAAGCGUCGGCAGUUUGUCAUAAGGCUGAACGGAUCCCAUGAUCGAGCAGUCCUCCUGUACGAAUAUGUUGGGAAGAAGACGGUGGAUUUACAACACACAGAGGUCCCAGAUGCUUACAGAGGGAGAGGAAUUGCCAAACACCUGGCAAAGGCAGCCAUGGAUUUCGUGGUGGAGGAGGACCUGAAAGCUCAUUUGACCUGCUGGUACAUCCAGAAAUACGUCAAAGAAAACCCUCAGCCUAAGUACUUUGAACACAUCUAUCAAUGACCCUACAUGGCUCCAAAAAGACUCGAAGACAGCGACUGUGUGGCAACAUGUUUUGGGUGGGAGGUUUUUAGGAUGCAACACAACAAACCUCCCAAGUAUUGUUAAACGCACACUGAGUGAACGCAGAUUAUCUCAACCCAGAGCUGGGCCGUCAGGUGGACGUGGACUGUUGAAGAAAAAUCCCACGGUUUAGGCUUGCAGAGACAAAGCAGCCCGAAAGUGGUGGCUCGAACUUCCAGGAUGUUCUCCCCACCGCAGACUUAAAGCAAACGCUGGUUACAUGUCUAUGUCCUCAUUGGGACUCAAUAAGAGCUGCAAGUUCAGACUGAUUUCAUGUUUUUUUUUUCUAAUACAGGUCCUUCUCAAAAAAUUA